UCGGCUGCUGAUGUAGAGGACAAACACUCUGGAUUUAAGAUGCACGCGGACUUUCUCCAGAUGUAGGCUCGGUUUGAUUGAUUUGACUCGUUUGGAGCGAUGGAGUCGUUCGAGGCGGCGGUGAACGGCGUGUCUCACACCGAGGACCCGUUCUCUGGACCGCUGUCGUUCAUCGCGCCCUGGAACUAUAAAGUCCUGGCUGCACUGAUGUUCGUAGUGACCUCGGUGUCUCUGUGCGAGAACUUCACGGUGAUGCUGGUCACCUUCAGGUUCAAGCAGCUCCGACAGCCGCUCAAUUAUAUCAUCGUCAAUCUGUCUCUGGCGGACUUUCUCGUGUCUCUGACCGGAGGAACGAUCAGCUUUCUGACCAACUAUCACGGGUAUUUCUUCUUGGGGAGAUGGGCUUGUGUUUUGGAGGGAUUCGCGGUCACCUAUUUUGGGAUCGUGGCUCUGUGGUCUCUGGCCGUGUUGGCGUUCGAGCGUUUCUUCGUCAUCUGUCGGCCGCUGGGGAACAUCCGCCUGCGAGGCAAACACGCGGCUCUGGGUCUGCUGUUUGUCUGGACCUUCUCCUUCAUCUGGACCAUUCCUCCUGUCCUGGGAUGGAGCAGCUACACCGUCAGCAAGAUCGGCACCACCUGCGAACCCAACUGGUAUUCAGGAAACAUCCACGAUCACACCUUCAUCAUCACGUUCUUCACCACCUGCUUCAUCUUUCCGCUGGGUGUGAUCAUCGUCUGCUACUGCAAACUGCUCCGGAAGCUCAGAAAGGUGUCCAACACGCACGGCAGGCUGGGUAAUGCCAGGAAACCGGAGCGUCAGGUGACUCGUAUGGUGGUUGUGAUGAUCGUGGCCUUCAUGGUGGCCUGGACCCCGUACGCCGCGUUCUCCAUCGUGGUCACGGCCCUUCCCAGCAUUCACCUGGACCCGCGGCUGGCAGCCGUUCCGGCGUUCUUCUCCAAAACCGCAGCCGUUUACAACCCCAUCAUCUACGUGUUCAUGAACAAACAGUUCAGAAAGUGUGUGGUUCAGCUCUUGAGCUGCAGUGACGUCACCGUCAUUGAGGGGAACAUCAACCAGACCACCGAGCGCGCAGGCAUGACCAAUGAGAGCAACACAGGGGAGAUGUCCGCCAUCGCCGCACGCAUCCCCGCAGCUGGAACCAUCCUGUCUAAAACAGAAGAGCAGCCCAAUGAACGCAGCUCCUUCGCCCAAAUUCCCAUUCCUGAGAAUAAAGUAUGUCCGAUGUGAAGACAAGCACCAACAUACCUGUUUGUCACUCAUGUUCUCUGGCUGAAUGCAUAUUUUCUUUCGAAUGCUGGCAUCCAAAUUUUAGUCUAAAAGACAUUGAUUCAGCAUUAAAUUCUGCAGCUUGUGCGCUAAAAAACACUGAAAUAUUCAGUGUUGGGGAUGAAACUAUCUGGAAACUACUCUUAAAAACUAAUUCACUACAAGGUGGUUAAGGAGUGACAUCUUUUAAAAUAUAAUUUGCAUUUAUUUGAACGCUUUAUUUAGCAACAGUUUCACAAAUAUGGAUGCAAAAAGUAAAAAAAGAUUAAUUUGCAACACAGUUAUUAAUUUAAUACAGUUAAUAUGGUAACACUACUUGAGGCCUUAAUGUAUAAUGCAUUAUAUAGGCAUUCAUAAUGUAUUGUAAUGCAUUAGAUAUUUUCAUAAAUAAUUGGAACCAAAGUUAAAAUGCAUUAUAUUUGCAGAUUUGCUUGUUACAGCUAAAACUGGUUGUUUGUCAUGUAUUUGAAUGCAUUAUACUUUUUAAAGGUGCAACAUGAGUAAAAUGAGUCGAUAAGUAUUAUAAUAUAACUGUGGUUACAAUUAUUCUUGAUGUCCUUACAAGUUGCAUUAAAAAGCAUAAUUAAUGCAUUAAGAUAAAAAAGAUAAUUGUGACUUUUUAUUUCACAAUUUGGGCUAAAAUUCUCAGAAUUGCGAGUUUAUAGCUCACAAUUUAGAUUUUUUUUUUUUUUUCCUGAAUUCUAAAUUUACAUUUUGCACUUUUUUUUCCAACAUGGAAUACAAAUAUAAAAAAAAGUUAAUUGUGACACUUUUAUAAUGCAUUAUAUAAAGGCUUCAAAUAAUGUUACCACUAAUACCAUCCUGAAACUGUCCUUGCUCUGAAAGUACAGUACUAUGGCAAUAUCAUGGUACAGUGACAGUAAUAUCACAGUACGUCAAUAUAUAUCAUGGUGCUAAACCAUGAUAUUUACGUGGAACCCCAAAGAACUGCAAAGAAUUCAUUGGAAGAAUUAUAUGAACACAAAUGUUUAAAUGCAGUAAUCCUAUGUGGUCUAAAAUACUGCAUUUUUUAACAGCUGAACUACAGAAAAAUGCAUUUAAUGUUGCUUUAUAUUUAGUUACUAUCCAACACUGCAUAAAUGACUCUUGACUGUUGAAUGUUGAUCAUUUGCACAAAUAUUAAAGAAAUCAAACAGAAAAACAGACUUGAAUGCAAAUAAGUCAGGCACUUAACACAGGAGUACAUGUGGAUUUUCAAAAUGAAGGGAAUAAGUGUACAUGCAAACAGACAAACAAGCAAAAAUUGCAAGUGCCCUUCAGUUUUGGCAUCAAAUCAUCAACCACUGGCGGCCAAACUUUCUGCCAACGGUUAUGUAAUGAUCCACAACAUCCCAAAUCUCCUGCACUGCUAUCUUUAUGGCAUAUUUCACUGUAUCUGAUGCAUUAUAUGUCUACUGUACGCUCUGAUCUCUGCCAGAGAAACACACACACACACACACACGCUCUGAGGAUGCAUCCUUCUCAACAACUGAAUGUGUUUUUAUUUUAUUCCUUUAUGAAAGGAAUAUCAAAAUUCAGAUUUUUUUUUUUUUUUUUUGGAGUUCAGGCUCCAGAUAAUCUGCCUGAACAAGGUUUCAUUUCAGCUCUUUUUGCACUUUUAAAAAAAUAAUAAAUUAACACUUUUAUUUAUCAAGGAUGCAUUAAAUUGGUUAAAAGUGUCAGUAAAGACAUUUAUAAUGUUACAAAAGAUUUCUAUUUUAAGUAAAUGCUGUUCUUUUGAACUUUGUAUUCAUCUGUGAAUCCUGAAAAAUAAAAUGCAUCACGGUUUCCACAAAAAUAUUGUGCAGCACAACUGUUUUCAACAUUGAUAAUAAUCAGAAAUGUUUCUUGAGCAGCAAAUCAGCAUAUUAGAAUGAUUUCUGAAGAUCAUGUGACACUGAAGACUGGAGUAAUGCUGCUGAAAAUUCAGCUUUGAUCACAGAAAUCAAUAACACUUUAACAGAUUUUCACAUAGAAAACAGCUAUUUAAAAUUGUAAAAAUAUUUCACAAUUUUUACUGCAUUUUUGAUCAAAUUGACAGAAUACAAACAUUUUAAAAAUCUUACUGACCCCCAAACUUUUGAACGCUAAAUAAUGUUUUUCAUGAGUGAACUUGGCUGUAUGUGUAAUGUAUUUGUCACUCAUGUAAAUGACUAAAGUGGAGUAACAGGCAGCAUUUCUGGACAUUUUCUGAUGAAUAUUGAUCAUUUCUUUAAUUACUGUAGCAUCGACUCUCCGCUGACUGACAAACGCAUUGAACACAUUGAGAACUAGGACACUUGAACACACCGUCGUCACACAGAUAGUGUUAAAACCAUCAUUCAAACGUCUAAAUCUGGUGUCUACAUCAGAGAGAUUGAUUCUCCAAGGUUAGCAUGAGUUUGCCGGUGUCAGCAAAUUGUCUAAAACACACAAACACAACUGCAUCAGUCCAACAUCAAGAGGAGUUUACUUCACAAACUCAGUUCUGACUUUGAAUUUACAUAUAAACACAACUUUUUACAUCGAGACGGUCUGCAAAUACAAUAUUAAUACCUGCAUAAGACAGAGCAAUAACAUUACAUGUAGCAUUAAUUCUGGGCUUUACGUGGAUUCAGAUGAUCAUUAAAAGAAAUGAAAGAGGCACUGAAUGGAAUUCCAAAAAUAAUGAGGUUUCCAAACAUACAGAAGCCCACAGAAGCCAGGCAUUAUUAUGACACUUCUGCCUUAUUUUCUUGAGGUCAUCUUGACGUGAGUGUUAUCUUGAGAAGACAGAAUGAUAAUAAAGUGAGUUUUAAAUCAGAUAUAAGAGGGUCACUGAGGUUAAAGCACAACGGAUGAACCAGCUGUAUUUUGUGUUUUAUUUCUUCCAGAUUCACUCUAGCAUGAUCUGAGUCUUUGUCAGCGAUUUGUUUCUGUUUUCUGUCACGAUGAACUCUCUUGAGUCGCGUUUAAGAUUCACUGUUAUAUGUUCUGCCUGCAUGUUGUGAAUCAAAAAAUGUGUGUAUUUCAGUAAACUAUUUUCCAAUGCACCC